AUUAUUGACGAUUUGCAAACACAAGAUGACGAAUCCACGGAAGGACACAAGUCUAAGCCAAAGCCUCACGAAAUCAUUGCAGUAGGCUUUCCUAAGCGUAACUACACGCGUGAGCCUGUCUAUCUGACCGUCUUGGUUGACCACAAAUUUGGAAACUCCUGGGGGGAGCCAGCAGUUGUAGACUAUACUCCACCAGUAGAUAUCGAAUACGACGCUGUCUUCUUGAAGUUGAAGACUUCUGUAGAUGGAGUUCAGUACGACAGAUUAGCCAAUGUAUUCCUUAAUGGAGUCCAGAUCUGGAGAACAUCUACCAUUGAACCAGGUGGACGCCCAGUGUACUCUCAAUAUACAAAGGACGUUUCCACGUACUUGUCCUUAUUCCGGAAGAGUGGCAAGUUCAUCUUCCAGUUGGACAACAUCUUGACUGAUAGAUUAACCGGUGAGUUUAAGGUGGAAUUGACCGUAGAGUACUUCAAUUUCAACAAACGCCACUACAGCAAGAUUAACCCGGAGAAUGCCCAUGAGAACUUUAACGGUGACUAUUCUGUUCUUUCUACGGCAAAGCCAGCUGAUGCAGUCCAUCCUUUGGUUGUUGCUGAGAACAAGCAUGAUCUUCCUUUAUCUCAUCUUUCUACAAAAAAGCUUCAGCUUGAAUUGCCUAUUGUUCCCGUAAACACCACCAGAUUGAGACUUGCCAUCUUCACAUCUGGUAAUGCCGCAGAGGAAUUCUGGUACACCAACGUCUUAGACAAGUACGCGGAUAAGUUCAUUGACAAACACAUUUUUGAUCGUCAUGGUCCAGUUAGGAUCGUCAAUGUCUUUUUCAACGGAGAAAAGAUCGCUGCCCAAACUCCUGAACCCGUCAUCUUCACUGGAGGAAUCUCUCCAGCCUUGUGGAAUGGCGUUGUUUCCAACUCAGCCUUCGAUGUUCCUGCUAUUGAAGUAGAUGUCUCGGGAUUAUUGCCUUUCUUGUGGACAUCCCAGAAACUUGAAGACAGAAGAUUGGAGAUUGAGAUCAGUAACGGUCUCGGCGAAACGGGACAUGCUGACUCUAAUGAAGUUGGAAGAGACUGGAUUACUUCUGCCAGUUUAUUGACCUAUGAAAACAGUGAGGUUGUAGCUGCUACUGGUGAAGUUCUUUCUAUUGACCACAACAACAGAGGAAGUGUAGUUGCUUUUGCUCCACCAUUUACAGGCUCAAUUCUGCAAAUUGUCAACGGUAUCUUCAGUGGACAGUUGAUUAGUAAAUUUUCUCUCACUUUGGGUAAUGGCAAGAUCUUGAACACUACGAUUGCUUCCUACACUAAGGGUGAGGUUUCUAAUGUUCAGCACUACUCUAACUUUGGAAGUGGGCAAUCAGUGGUCCAUGUGGGCCACAGCGUUAAGUCGUUGAUUAUAACUGAUGAUGACAUUCCUUCAGAGACUAAACCAGAUGUAGAAAGUGAUGACCAUAGAGAUUACGAGCUUCCUGCCAAUACAAUCCACUCCGUUAAUGUUUCCUUGAGCUAUCCAUUGGUUCUUCGCUUGACAGAGAGCAACUGGUCGAUUGGCCCAGGUGAAUUCGAGACCAAAUAUAACGUCAAGUUGGUUACCAGCAGACAUGCUGAUAUCCUGUUUAAUGGAAACCAUUCGUUGAGUUUCCUGUACGACCAGAAUGGUACCUCUGAGUACUUCAUAAACAAGAAGGGUAACCAUGGAUUUGGAGCGUUGACUUCGAAAUUCGGUUUCAAGUACAAGAACGACGACGGCAAGUUCAAGAUCUCAAGAAGAGUUGAAGCCGUGAACGGCACAGUUGUUCUGGAUGAAUCUAAGAAACAUGGGUUUGAUGAUGAA